AUGGAUUCGGGAUGGACCUCUUGUGUUUGUGAAGUGGAUGGACACUCGAGAGGUGUCUGUCUAUUCCAGACACCUCUCGUGUGUCCAUGGGUGAAAGCACAAGAUGUAUGGAUGACAAAGACAUUGUCCUGCACCUGUGACUACAUACAACCUCCACAUGGGGGGUGCUGGCCUGUCCGAUCAGCUGUUGCAGUACUACAUUUCACAGCACAAAACCAUGAAGUGGUACAGAAAUAUAUUUCUACACUUCUUGGACAUUGCUGCCACCAAUGCUUUCAUAUUGCACAAAGAGCUACAAGGCAACAUGACCCACAAGGAGUUUAUGACCUGAUGGAAGUGAAAGAGGAAAGUCAAGAACUGAAUGAUGUGGAUCAGAAACACCAUCAGUAUCAUAAACCUGAUAAUUUCAUUACUGCUGAAGAAUAUUUUAGUGGCUCACAGACUGAAAAGAAUUCCUUAAGAAAAAGAACUCGAAGAAUAACAGCAAAACAUUCCUUCACCUGUCCUCAGUGUGGAAAGAGUUGUUCACAAAAAAUAGGUCUACAGAGGCACCUGAGAAGUCACACUGGAGAGAAGCCAUUCAAAUGCACUAUGUGUGAAAAGAGUUUCUCUCAAGAAGGAAACCUUAAGAGUCACAUAAGAAUUCACACUGGAGAGAAGCCUUUCAUAUGCACUCUGUGUGAAAAGAGUUUCUCUCAAGAAGGAAACCUUAAGAGUCACAUAAGAAUUCACACUGGAGAGAAGCCUUUCACUUGCCAUCAGUGUGGACAGAGUUUCAAAUAUACAACAACUUUUAAAACUCAUCUUCUCGAUCACUCUGAAUUAAAGCUAUUUAACCGUGAUCAGUGCAGCAAAGCAUUUACGAUGGCAUCAGAGCGAAAGAAACGCCUGACCAUUCAUGCAGAUAAAAAGCCUUACCAGUGUUGUUAUUGUGGAAAGAGUUUUUCACGGCUGAACUGUUGUAAUGCACACCAGAGAAUUCAUACUGGUGUUAAAGCUCAUGUAUGCUCAGACUGCGGUAAAGCUUUUGUCAGACCUUACGACUUGAAAAGGCACCAAAGAAUCCAUACUGGAGAAAAACCUUACAAGUGUUCACACUGUGUAAAGUGUUUCAUCACAUUUGAUCACCUGAAAAUCCAUGAGAGAGUGCAUACUGGAGAGAAGCCGUACCACUGCACUUCAUGUGGGAAGAGUUUCUCCCAAUUAAGUAGUGUACUGAAGCAUUUAAAAAAGUCUUGUCCGAAGUUUUCACACUGA